AUGGCGACGCGUGGAAACUUGAGCGACUAUCGCUCUCCAUCGCACGACACCCUUCGAAAUGGUAUGCCCUCUCCGCGUAUUCAACACUUUGCUGGCGAGGUGCCUCCUGCGCUUUCUCCGCUUGAUGCAUUCGCCGCUCAGGGUCGUCUCCUGGCUCGACAAUUAGAUGAGUCGCGACAAAUGGACCGACGCAUGAGUCGAUUGCCCCCGUCCAGUGUCGCUCGGUCGCUAUCUCGAGGCCGACCCAACUUCUUCCGCAGCCCUGCGAGUGAGUCUCAUGCCGACGGUUUGGCGCGACGAAAUACUACGAAACAAAACUUCGAGGUGGAAGAGCCGAAAUAUCGACCAGUCUCGGAACACCCCCGUUUUAGCUCGAUGAGCCAGGCGAGUAGCAUCUCCAACAUUUCCAAUGCGGAUUACGACGAAGACGACACCACUCCGCGGACCACAAUGAUCAGCGUGAAGCCGGUUAACUAUGUCAGUGGAGAAUCGUUCGAGGAGGAGAGUACCCCGGUUGGCAUGGCAUUCACCGACCCGUCACACCCGUUUGAGGACUCAUCGCGACUUCAUGUGCCGCAGAAAAUGGUCUCGCCGAUGCCACCAAAUUCACGGCCCUCCAGCAGUGCCCAGGUUAGACAUGAGAGCUGUUCAGAUGACGAUAAUAGCAGCUCGAACGCCGGAUCAACCUUCUCCAAGCCGCGGAAGCUGUCCUCCGGCAGUGCGGCGUCAGUUCCGUACUCCCCCAUGUCAUAUCCUGUUCGUCAGCACCCUCGUUCGCCGUCUAUCAGCUCGGAAACGUCAAACAGCUACCUCGCCCGGCCAUCAUUCAACUUCUCUCGGCCGUUGAGUCGAUCCAGCACUAGUCUCUCCGCCCCUGGAGCGCCCGAGUCGCAUGCACCACCACCGGCCGCGCCACGCCAUCAGCCUCAUACGAUGCAUCGGGCGAGUCGGCCUACACCAAUUCUUCUACCUCUAGCCACAGAGGAGGCGGCAGCUACGGUGCCGGCUGAAGGCGAUCCCUCUUCCGCGGUAUCUUCAUAUGUGUACGCCAAGUACGACCUACCCCGGGGACGUAUGGUAUCUCGAGAUUCAGUGGUCUUUGCCGGCUUGCAAACACCACAUUUCGAAUGGCAGGAGCCGUUGUUUGAGAACUCUCCACCGCGGGUAUCAGGUGAGCACCCGCGCUCAGCUCGCACUCCGCCGCCAUCAAAUCGCAUCUUGGACUAUUCACCGAAACCCCACUCGAUGCACGAAGUUCCAGUCCCUACUCAUGUUCCCGAACCAGUACCUGUCCCAUCACUCACUCCAGAACGGGGCCGGGAACUGCGAAAAGCUCGAACUGUUUCGCCCUCAUCUCCAAAUUCCAGUCUUGCUCCGGCCAUGACUUCUCUCGCCCCGGCAUUGACUACUCCAGAGCGACCCUCUCGCCCAUCCACCGAGUCCACACGGUCUACAAAAUCUACACCACCCCCACAGAAGGCGAAUGUCAAGACCGACACGGUUCAGCCCGAUCAUGUCAAGUCGGACAAUGUCAAACCGGAAAAUGUCAAACCGGAAAAUGUCAAACCGGAAAAUGUCAAACCGGAAAAUGUCAAACCGGAAAAUGUCAAACUGGAAAAUGUCAAACCGGACAAUAUCAAACCAGACAAUAUCAAACCCGACAACACUUCUUCUACAGAUGUGGCAAAAUCAUUGCGUUCGCAAACUGGCAGCUCCCAUGGAACACCCGCCACACUCUCCGCUGACGAUCAUGUCACUCAAGGCAUUGAACUACACGAAAAAGGAUCGUUAAGCGAGUCAACCUAUCACCUCCGAAUCGCUGCGAAGCAGAGCCAUCCGACGGGAAUGCUGAUGUAUGCAUUGGCUUGCCGCCAUGGUUGGGGUAUGCGGCCGAAUCAGCAGGAGGGUGUUCGGUGGUUACGCAAGGCUGUGGAUUCAGUCGGAUUGGAAAUGCUUGCUAAUCCAGAUGCCCCCGGCGCAUCCAAAGCGAAGGAACUGCAUAAGGCUUACCGGGCGCAGUUUGCCCUGAGCAUCUACGAACUGGGUGUCAGCUACUUGAAUGGCUGGGGUAUCGACCAGAACAAACCCCUUGCUCUGCGGUGCUUUGAGAUCGCCAGUCAAUGGGGUGAUGUCGACGCAAUGGCCGAAGCUGGUUAUUGUUAUGCGGAAGGUAUUGGCACCAAGAAGGACAUGAAGAAAGCGGCACACUUCUAUCGUGAUGCCGAGUCUCAUGGUAUGAGUAUGGUCGGCACAAGCUGGAUCUACAAAGACAAAUACAUGGGAGACGAUUCCAAAGACUCCAAAGAGCCCAAGGAGUCCCGAAAAACUCGAACACGCGGGCGAACAGUGAGCGGCGACAAGAAACCUCGCAGUAAAUCACGAACUCGCAGCAUGUUCCAACGGAAGAAGUCUGUGGUUGAUAACUAA